AUGGUCGUUUUACAAUUCUUGAGUCUUUCAGUCAAUAUUUUGUGUUUGGUUCAAAAAUUACCGCAGAUUAUUCGUAUUUAUCGAACAAAAAAUGUUAAUAGUAUAUCAAUUGCAUCAGUUUUACUUGGAGAAACAUCUUACACAUUGCUGUUAGCCUACAACCUCUGGAAAAAUUAUCCAUUAUCUGCAUUUUUUGAGUAUAUUUUUCUAUUUCUGCAAGAUAUUCUUCUUCUCUAUGCCUUAGCAAAAUAUUCAACAAAUACUAAAGAUAAGCCAACCGAUCGUUCGAAAGCCUACUGUGGAAUAUUCAUUUUCUGUUUUUAUCUAUUAGCAAGUCUCGCGGGUUUCGUUCCAGCAGCAUGGAUGAAUCUUUCGACAAUCUUAGUCAUUCCUAUUGGUGCUUCAUCAAAAAUACUUCAAUUACGAACGAUUAUUUCCAAUAAAAGUGCCGGACAAGUCAGUCGGAUAGGAUGGGCCAUUGCUGCUUAUGGAAGUCUCGCUCGAGUGAUCACAAAUCUUUAUCAAACAGGAGAUAUGGCACUGGUGACAAAUCUAUUAAUCGGUUUUAUUCUUAAUUUAUCCAUAGUCAUUGCUUGUACAAUUUACAGUCAAGACCGUACAGUGAAAUCUAGCGAUGAACAACGGAAAAAGACAACAUAG